UAUAUAGACACUUAGUUCUUAUCUAAAUAGUUUGUAUUUAGUUUCUUAGUGAAUAACUGCAGAUUUAGCCCGUGGAGGCUCCUCUUUUAAGGAUGCCCAAUUACAGGAGCCUUGUGGUAACCGUUUGGGCACUAACUUUUGUCGCCGUUUCAAAAAGUGUACCCAUCGAACAAAAAGCAGUUGCCACACAAAAACAGACAGCACAGAAGAAAGUUGGCUACGACUAUAGCCCCGCUGAUGUAAGUGGUCCAGGAUACAACUAUGGUGCACCUCAAGUAGACCAAUCGUUUCAUCCGGGAGAUUAUCAAGGACAAGGAGGUUAUGACAAUUAUCAAAAUACUCAAUAUCAAACCGUUCAAGACGUACAUCAGGACGUUCAAGAACAUCAUCAUGACGUUCAUGUUCAUGAUGUCCAUCACGAAGAACACCACGAAGUUCACCACGACGAUCAUCAUCAUCACGAUCCUGGUUACUGGAAAAAGAAGGUAACGUGGAAGAAGGGAUGGAAAAAGGUUUGGAAAAAAGGUCAGAAGCAGGUUUGGAAACCGAAAUGGAAAAAAAUUUGGAAGCCGAUAUGGGUUCCGACGAAAAAACCGGCAUGGAAAGAGAUUCAAGUACCCGAUUGGAAAAAAAUUUGGAAGCCUGUAUGGAAACCCAUAAAAGUACCUGCUUGGAAGGAAAUCCAAGUACCAGAUUGGAAGAGGGUGUGGAAACCGGUAUGGAAGACAAUUCACGUUCCAGCUUGGAAAGAAAUUAAAGUCCCCGAUUGGAAGAAAAUAUGGAAACCAAUAUGGGUGGACAUACAAGUACCUGCAUGGAAAGAAAUUCAAGUACCAGCGUGGAAACAGCUAUGGAUUCCAGCUUGGGUUAAGGAACAUGUACCUGGAAAACAUCAUCUUGGAAAAGAUCACGAAGGUGCAGAAAUCAUAGCCCAUGAUAUAUGGAAGAAAAAAAUGAUCUGGAAACCGAUUUGGAAAAAAUAUUGGAAACCGGCACAGAAACAAAUUUGGAUAACGAAGAAAAAACUCGAAUGGAAAGAAGCUUGGAAACAGAUCUGGAAGCCAGCUAAGAAACAAAUUUGGGUACCAGACAAGAAAUUGGAAUGGAAAGAAGCGUGGAAACAAAUUUGGAGAACAGAAAAGAAGCAAAUUUGGGUAGAAGAUAAAAAGCUUGAAUGGAAAGAGGCUUGGAAACAAAUAUGGAGGACAGAAAAGAAGCAAAUUUGGGUUGCCGAUAAAAAACUUGAGUGGAAAGAGGCGUGGAAGCAAAUAUGGGUUCCGUACUGGAAAGACAUUUGGUUACCAGACUGGAAAGAAAUCUGGAAACCAGUUAUUAUUCAGGAAUGGUUCCCAACUCCAGAUCACCAUGAUCAUCAUCACAGAUAGAAUAAUAGACAAUGGUCAGACAAUACAACUUAAGGCAUGUACUUAUGUUUUAAAUAGAGAGUACAAAAUUUAGUCAAAUUUGGGAAAAGGCGGAAAGCUUUUGUAUGGAACAACUUCUAUUUGAUUUCUAUAAAAAGUUAUGGUAUUGUACAAAUAUGGAAUCAAAACGAUAUAAAUGCUUAAGAAAAUUCUGCAUAUGCAUGAUUUAUGAAAAUAUUAUUAAGUAUCUACAAAAAUGAAUAAGUAUACAAAAAUGUUUAUCACAAUACAAUACCUUGACACUUCAAGGUAAAUUGUCUGGCUUGAUCAACAAAAAUAACGUUUUCUCUCUUUUUCUGUGUUUAAAGGAAACAUGAGAGAUUAUAAUAGUACCUAUGUAUAAUAACUAAAAGAUAUUAAUAAAAUAUAUUUUAUUAAUAUACAUAGUUCGACAACUGGAUUCAGUUCACUUCGGGAUACACCACAGGGGGUCUAGGACAUUUCGGCGUCGCCGUUUCGGCGUGGC